AUGAUUUCUGAAUACAUUAUCAGGCACUUUCGGUUCAGGUUUAUUGCACCAGAUUCAUUCAACUUAAAUGCUGCAGUUUGCCUCCUUUACAGAGAUGUACAAUUGACAAGUAAUACAGUGAUUCUACAUCAAACACUCACAUUCAAUUCUUUUAACCCCUGUGAUAUACUGUUGCCUAAGAUGAAAACCACAAACCAGCAGAUCCCAUCUUGGUUGAGAGCAUUGCAAGGGACUUCCAUAUACACUCCGAUACAGUUGUCUUCCUCACAGCCAAUUUGCAGACUCGCAAAAUCUCUUCCGGUUCAGAAGGUUCCAGAGCUAGUGAUUCCUUGCUCCGCCUGGAUACGCCUUGCAACGCCUCCUCACGCCUUCACCGCGCUAAACGUACAACUCGCGAAACAGCCGACCGCCUCGGGCGAUUCCCUGCCGCCUCGCUCCGACGCGCGCCAAGGCCUGCCUUUGAAAACACUGGUUGGGACAUUCAAAUAG